AUGCCACAUCGUAUGCGCAAAAUUGUUUCGAAAUGUCGUCCACCAUUUAUCGGAACACGUCGUAAUCGACAUAAACAUGGUUCUGCUCAUCAUUGUAUGUGUCAAAAUUCCAACAACACUAAUACGAAUACUAAUUUAAUUGAGAUUACUUCUGAUGAUGCUCAGACGACGAAUAAUUCUAAUCCAAUAUUAAAAUAUUCACCUCAAUUAUCAACUUAUUCAAGUAAUAAAGAUUGUGGUAGUCAAUCUCCUUCAUUAUCAUCAAACUAUCCAGCAAUAUCACAUACCAUGCAAAAUACAGCUAGCUCAUCUAAUUUAGGUGCUAUAGGUACGGGUAUUGUACCACCACCAAUGCAUUAUCAAGAACAACCGCAAUAUAUGCAAUCAACAACACCAUCAUUUGCAAAUGGAAAAGAUGAAAUGCGUGGAUGGUUAUAUAAAUGGACAAAUUAUUUAAAAGGUUAUCAAAAACGUUGGUUUGUUUUACAAGCUGGAAUAUUAUCAUAUUAUCGUUCACAAGAUGAAAUGACACAUACAUGUCGUGGUACAGUUUAUCUUGAGUCCGCACAAUUAUCAUCAAAUGAUUCAUGUCAUUUUGUUAUAUCAAAUGGUUCUACCAUAAUACAUUUACGCACAAGUAAUGAAAAUGAUAAACAACGUUGGAUGAAUGCAUUAGAAUUAACUAAACAAAAAGCAUUGAAAGUACGAAAACAAUAUCAAGAUUCUGAUGAUGAAGGAUUAACAAAUGAUGAUUUAAAUAAACAACAACAAGAUAAUUCAAAUGAUCAAACAAAACAAUCAACAAAUACAACAGAUCGAGUAGAAUUAGCAACAAUGAACAAAACAUUAGAUACAAAAUUAGAUGAUCUUAAAAUGUGUAUGGAUUUAAUAAAUCGUCAUUAUCAGGCACUUCAUAGAACACUUGCAGAUCUUGAACAAAUUGAUAAAUCCGAAGCAACUAUAAAUACUAUUAAAAGUGUUAAUGAACGUGCUACAUUGUUCCGUAUUACAUCGACAGCAAUGCUUAAUGCAUGUCAAGAAUUAGUACAAUUAAUUCAAAAACAAGGUCGUAAAUGGCAAAAAGCUAUUCAAUUUGAACGCGAUGCACGUAUUCGUAUGGAGCGUAUGUGUGAACAAGUUGCAUUACAAAGUGCUAAAUUAGAAAAAAGAAUACAACGUGCAUCACGUAAAGAUCAAAAUGCAAUAAAAACAUCUGAUAUACGUAAUACUAAUGAAGAUAGUCUUUCAUCUGAUAGUGAUGAAUUUCACGAUGCUGAAAGUGCCUUUCGUAUUCCACUUCAACAGCAUGCAUCAAAUAAUGACAAUCAAUCAACAAAUAUUGUUGAUGAUGAUGUUAGCUCAUAUGAUGAUGAUGAUGAUGAAAGUGAAUCAGAAGAACAAGAAGAAGAAAAUUUACCCGUAGUUAUUGUAAAAAGAUCAAAACAACCUGAGACAACAAACAAUACUCCAUCAACAACACCUGCAGUUAAAACUACAAAUAAUGGUCAAAAAUCUGCUACAUCAAAACGUAAACGUCGUGACCGUAUACUAGAACGUCCAAAUUAUAGUAUUAAUUUAUGGAGUAUAAUUAAAAAUUGUGUUGGAAAAGAUUUAUCAAAAAUUCCAGUACCAGUUAAUUUCAGUGAACCACUGUCAAUGUUACAACGUAUAACUGAAGAACUUGAAUAUAGUUCUGUACUUGAUGCAGCAGCUAAAACAAACAAUAGUUGGGAACAAUUAGCAUAUGUUGCUGCAUUUACAGUUUCAUCCUAUUCAACAACAGCAACACGAACUAAUAAACCUUUUAAUCCAUUACUUGGUGAAACAUUUGAAUGUGAUAGAACAGACGAUCUUGGCUGGAGAUCAAUGUCUGAACAAGUUGGUCAUCAUCCGCCAGCUGUUGCAACGCAUUCUGAAGGACAGGGUUGGACUUUAUAUCAAGAGUUUACUAUGGGAUCGAAAUUUCGGGGGCAAUAUUUAAGUAUAACACCGUUAGGUUAUUCUCAUCUUAUAUUCAAAAAUACUGGUAAUCAUUUUACAUGGAAAAAAGUAACUACACUUGUUAAUAAUAUAAUUGUUGGUAAGCUUUGGAUAGAUAAUGUAGGUGAAAUGGAUAUAAUUAAUCAUACAACAAAAGAUAUAUGUAAAUUAAAAUAUUUUCAAUAUAGUUAUUUUUCAAAAGAUGUUCCACAUAAAGUAACCGGUGUUAUAAUUGAUUCAAAUUCUCAGGCUCGAUGGGUAUUAUCUGGUACAUGGACAGAAAAAAUUGAAGGUGGUCCUGUUGAAUCAACAUCUGAUCGUCAUACACAUUCCCAACAUAUGGAGACACAUAAUAUGAAAGUAUUAUGGCAACGUAAAAUCCCACCAGCAUAUAUGGAAAAAAUGUAUAAUUUUACUGAACUAGCUAUUGAAUUAAAUGAAGAUGAACCAGGUGUUGCACCGACUGAUUCUCGUCGUCGUCCCGAUCAACGUUUAAUGGAAGAAGGACGUUGGGAUGAAGCAAAUCAAGAAAAAUUACGUCUUGAAGAAAAACAACGGCAUGCAAGAAAAAUUCGUGAAGCACAAGGAAAUGAUAUUGAUCCCUUUAAACCAAAAUGGUUUAUUAAACAAUUUGAUCCAAUGACUAAUUCUGACACGCAUGUAUUUACAAAUGAAUAUUGGAAUGCUAAAUUAAAACAAGAUUGGUCUAGAUGUUAUGAUUUUGGACAAUAUUAUUCUCGUAUUCGUAUUUAUGAAUAUACGGAUUAUACCGAUGUAAAAUUUCUAAAAUUUAAUAUAUAUGGUCCAACCGAAUUGGCUAAUUGGUCAAUAAUUAUUGGCACAGAAGGAAAAUGUACCAAUUAUCUUGCUAAUAUUCAUUUUGAUCUUCAAUAUGGUGCUUAUCCAUUGAUUACUCCACGAAAUGAAUCAUUUCCUGAAACGUAUAUAACUAGUCGUCAUGAUUUAAUUACAACAGUAUUCAAUCGAACAGUAUCUAAUGGAACGCUUCAGUUGAAAAAUCCUUUGAGAGGAACAUGGUUUGCUGUGGUAUUCGUUGAACGUUUGCCAACAAAUACUCAAUCUAAAAAAUCUUCCAGUAACUGUAAUAUUUAUCUAACUACUUGGCUUGAUUAUAAAGUUGUACCAGUCCCAUUAAUACUAACUCUUAAUCAACAACAUCAAAUUAUUCUAUCAAAUAAUUCAACAUUUGUUUAUGCAUCAUAUUAUACAUCUACAGGCAAUUCUCGACUUACUCUUUUAUCCCAAUGGCUUUCUGAUUGUGAUAUAGUCAUUCGAGUACGACUCAAUGGAUUGCCAAGUAUUUCUCAAUAUGAUUAUCAAACUGUUUGUAAAAACGGUUCAUGUUCUUCUAUAGAAAUUGAUCAAUUAGCUGCAUUUAUUUGGAUUUAUUUUCAAAUCUCGGUGAAUAAUUUAUCAUGUUUAAAUAACCCUAUUAAUGGUUCUAUGCUUAUUCGUUCAACAGAUUGUUCAUCUUAUUCAUAUAAUGAUACUUGUAUUCAAUCAUAUCCAAUUCGACGCAUUAUGUUUAAUUAUUAUUUUGAUUUUUUAUAUGUACCUAUGGAUACAAAUACUAAUGUUAGUUCAAUAACAUUGAAUGGAAGUGAUUUAUCUAUAUAUUCAUAUGAAUUUAUUGUUGAUGAUAAAAAUAUUGGUGGAACAAUACAUAUUGAUUUUGAAACUCAAAUUAAGCCUUAUGUUUCGUUAAAUGUAAAUGUUAGUAUUCUUGGAUGUUUAUCUAAAAAUCGUCCACGCCGAUAUCAUGCAUGUGAAAAUGAUUAUAAAAUAUACAUUAAUAAAAAUUCAGUUGUAGUCAGAUCAUUACCUUAUCCAGAAAUGGCUCUUUGGUAUUUAACCUUAGAACAUAAUUGCAAUGAUUCAAAGAAUGUAUGUGCUAAUGCAACAAUGUCAGUUACAUUUCAAAUAUCAUCAUCACAAUGUACUCGACAACAAUGUGGAACAUAUGGUACUUGUAAAAUAAUGACAUCUCAACAAAAUAUGUUCUCUGCUUGUACAUGUAUUGCCGGCUUUCGUGGAUACGGUUGUACGGAUAGUACACAUUCGUAUCUAUCAAAAUACUUACCAAGUGUUCUUUUUUUAACACUUAGUAAUUUAAUGUUUGUUCCAGCAGUGAUAUUAGCAACUUAUUAUCGUUUAUAUAUUGAAGCAUUGGUAUAUUUUUUUAAUAUGUUUUUUUCAACUUUUUAUCAUGCCUGUGAUCAAGAAAUUCAUAGAUUUUGUAUAUUUAAAUAUGAUGGUUUACAAUUAGCAGAUUUUAUUGGUUCAUAUUCAUCUUUUGUCAUAACAUUAAUAACAAUGUCCAUUAUUCCUCGAUCAAUAAAAGCAUUUCUGUUUAUGUUAGGUUUAUUAACAUGUGUUACUAUAAAUUCACGUGAUCGUUUCGAUAGUUUACAGUUUGUUGCCAUAGUUGUUAUUACGUUUACUUUUACUAUUGUAACAUGGAUCGUUGUUUCAAUUAAAAAACAUCGUCUGCAACCAUCUUUCAGACAACUUUUAUUAAUUGUACCUGGUGUUCUAUUAGCCAUAAUUGGCAUUAUUUUAUUUACUACUGUUGAAACAGACGAUAAUUAUUGAUUAGCAAACAUGUGUACCUACCAUGGAAUAUUGGAAGAAUAUCCUCUUAUAUCGAUUGAUUCAUUUGAAACACAUAAUUAUACAAGUACAAUGUUUUUUAUUACACAUAUUCAUAUGGAUCAUCUUGUUGGUCUCGAACGACCAGAAUUUGGUAAAUAUGUUGCAAAAAUUAAUGCACCAAUAUAUAUGUCAGAAAUUUCUAAACAAUUACUAAGUACAAUGGCACCAUAUAGACAUUUAAUACCGUAUUUUAAAUCAGUUCCGAUUGAUCAACCAUUUGCAUUAACAAUACAAUCAAAUGAUCCUGUACAAGCAAAGAAAAAAGAAGGAGCUAAUCAUGAUAGUAUAAAAAAUACAUUAUCAUCUCAUACACCACAUGUAGGUGAAACAAUACUUGUUACAUGUUUUGGUUCAGGUCAUUGUCCUGGUUCAGUUAUGGUUUGGAUUGAAGGUGAACAUGGAAAUGUUUUAUUUACAGGUGAUUUUCGUCUUUAUCGUGGACAAACAAAACGUAUAACACAUUUACAUCGACGACGAACAGAUGAUGAUGAUAAAGAUGAAACUUAUAUCUUUAAACCAAUUGAGAAUCUUUAUAUUGAUAUGACAUUUUUUCGUCCAGAUAUUUUACAUAUACCAACACGUGAAGUUAGUUGUGAAGCACUUAUUUUAUGGAUUAAAGGUUUAAUAGCUGAUAAAUCAAAUACAGCUAAUAUCUAUUUUAAAACAAGUGCUCGUGUUGGGUAUGAACAAAUAUAUCGAGCUUUAUAUGAUGGUUUAGGAAUGCGUAUUCAUGUUGAACAAGGUCAAUAUGAUUUUUAUUCAUGUAUACCAAGAAUACAAGAAUGUUUAACAACUGAUCCUAAUACAACACGUUUACAUGCAUGUCGUACAUCAGCAUCAAAUUUUGCUCAACCCUGUGCUUUUUUUCGUAAUUGUGAUAAACCUAUACGUGUACUUUUAUCAAUUAUGUGGUUUACUGAUCAAAUAGCUGCAGGCGAAUUAUUAGUUGAAUAUCAUAAAUAUCAUUCAAAUUUUGAACAAAGUGUAUCAACAUCAUCGAAACGUUAUUUUCUUGGUUUUCAAGAUUAUGGUGGUGAAGGUGUUGAUGUUUCUUAUUCUGAUAAAUAUUUAAGUUAUCGUUUAUGUUAUUCUCUUCAUUCAUCAUUUUCUGAAAUAGCUGAUGUAUUAAAAACAUUAAAACCAAAACAUGUUACACCAAUAUCAACACCAUUAACAUCACAAAUGACACCAAAACGUCUUUUUCAAAUAAUUGAUCAUUAUAUACAAGAUCCAAACAAACCUAAAAUAGCAACAACAAUAAAAUUAAGUGAAAAAUUACAACGAAAACCAAUUAAUCACCAAUUACAAAUUAAAUAUCGUUAUGAAUCAUUUCAAACUAAAGCAGAAAAAAAACGAAAAAAGAAAAUUAUCAAAGAACAACAAGAGAGAAAAAAUAAUGAUGAUGAUUUAGAUUUAGAUAUUAAUGAUGAAACUGAGAAAUUACUUUUACAACGUGUUAAUUCAUUAAAAGAAUCUAAUAAUAAAAAAGUCAAAACAAAUGAUUCAAAACAAAUUAUUCGAUCGAUUUCAUUCGACUUACUAAAAUCGCAAGACCAAAAACCUGAAUUCGAAAAUGAUUUACAAAAACCAAAAGUUGAACAAUCAAUAACUUCUGAAAAUUCUCAAUCAAGUCAGAUACUUACUGUUGAAUUGAAAUCUGAAGAUACAUCAAAUUCAUUACUGGCCACAGAUAAUUCGAAUUCUUCAUUUACUAAAGAUAUUCUUCCAGAUAAUUUAUCAUCAGAUAUUAUUCCAAUAACAAGUGAUCCAUCUAUUGAAUUACCAUCUACAGAUGGUAAUCGUCAACGUACAUCGUCAGAUGCAUCAUCAGCGACAGUUGAUUAUGAUUUUGAUACAGAAACAUGUACAGCACUUACAUCAAAAUCUAUUGAUAUCGAUAUUUAA